AAGCCAGUGCAGAUGGCCACAAACAUUGAAGUAGAUCAAGAGCUCACAAUCCCUCAACAACAUUAAACAAUUUCAUCAAAAUUAAAAUGAAAUUUUGUGCUGCUUUAGUUUGUGUGAUCGGAUUCGUGAUGAUGGUUACAGCUGAAAAGGACAGCAAUGCGAAACCUGUGGAUACUGCCACUGAAGACGUCACAAGGGAUAAACGUGGAUUCGCAAGUGGCGGUGGUGGCUACGGAGGUGGCGGCGGUGGAGGAUACGGUAGUGGGGCUGGUGGUGGAGCUGGUGGGUACGGCGUAGGUUAUGGUGGUGCUGCAGCCAUUGCCCAGCAGGCUGCUAAUAUAGCUAAGGCAGCGCAAAACGCCCAGGCUGGAGCAGCAGCUCAAGCUGCCCAACAAGCGCAAGCAACUCUGGCAGCACAAGCGACUCAAGCUGCCCAGCAAGCCCAAGCAGUUACAGCAGCCAAACAGGCGCAAGCCGCCCAAAUCUCACAGGCUGCUCAGGCUGCCCAGGCUGCAGCUUUCGCCGAAUCAGCACAGGCCGCCCAAGCUGCUCAGGCUGUCCAGGCAGCAGAGGCCACUAAAGUUCAGGCUUUGCAACAGGCCCAAGCUUUGGCUGCUGCGGCUAAAGCUGCUCAGGCCCACGCUGCGCAGGCAGUUGCUUCUCUUCAGGCCGCACAGGCUCAGCAAGCCACUCAAGCUCAAAUGGCUUAUCAAGCUCAAGCGAACGCCCAAGCAUUAGCUUACAAACAACAGGCUUCACUUGCUGACCUUGCCGCUGCCCAACAAGCAGCGAAUAAAGCUUAUUCAGCUGCACAAGCCGCCCAGGCUACAGCUGUUGGUGGAGGUGGUUCCUACGGUGGAUUCGGCGGUGGUUAUGGUGGAAGCUCUGGACACGGAGGAUGUCCCGCUUGUUAAGCUUCCUUGGUGGUUUUAAGGAAGAAAAACUAAUUCCGGAUAUCCUAAUUGAUCUGUGUUACUAUUGUUCUCAUAAUAUUAUAUUAUAAUACUAUCUCCUUACUUAGAUUGGCCUCUCAUGGACCAACUGCAAUCAAUGACGUUACUUGCGAGACAAAUUAAGAAAGCAUUCGAUUAAAUACAAGUGACUUUGAAAUUGCA